GUGAAGGGGCCUCUGCAGGGCGGCUCUCGCGCCGCGACGGCAGUGGAGGAGGCUGGGAGGGCGCGACAGGCUCCGCCCCUCUCGAGGCGGGGCGGGGCCUCCGCGCUCGCUACAAAAGCCGCGCGUCGGCCGCGACCCGGACGGCCGGUUUUCCCGCAGCUCGACCUCGCUAUGGCGUCCCUCACGGUGAAGGCCUACCUGCUGGGCAAGGAGGACGCGGCGCGCGAGAUCCGCCGCUUCAGCUUCUGCUUCAGCCCCGAGCCGGAGGCGGAAGCCGAGGACGCGGCAGGUCCGGGGCCCUGCGAGCGGCUGCUGAGCCGGGUGGCCGCCCUGUUCCCCGCGCUGCGGCCCGGCGGCUUCCAGGCGCACUACCGCGAUGAGGACGGGGACUUGGUUGCCUUUUCCAGUGAUGAGGAAUUGACAAUGGCCAUGUCCUAUGUGAAGGAUGACAUCUUCCGAAUCUACAUUAAAGAGAAAAAAGAGUGCCGGCGGGACCACCGCCCACCGUGUGCUCAGGAGGCGCCUCGCAACAUGGUGCACCCCAAUGUGAUCUGUGAUGGCUGCAACGGGCCCGUGGUAGGAACCCGCUACAAGUGUAGCGUCUGUCCAGACUACGACUUGUGUAGCGUCUGUGAGGGAAAGGGCUUGCACCAGGGACACACCAAGCUCGCGUUCCCCAGCCCCUUCGGGCACCUGUCUGAGGGCUUCUCGCACAGCCGCUGGCUCCGGAAGCUGAAACACGGGCACUUCGGGUGGCCAGGAUGGGAAAUGGGCCCACCAGGAAACUGGAGCCCACGUCCACCUCGUGCAGGGGAUGCCCGCCCUGGUCCCACGGCGGAAUCAGCUGCUGGUCCAUCGGAGGAUCCCAGUGUGAAUUUCCUGAAGAACGUGGGGGAGAGCGUGGCAGCCGCCCUUAGCCCUCUGGGCAUUGAAGUGGAUAUUGACGUGGAGCACGGCGGGAAAAGAAGCCGCCUGACCCCUGCCUCUCCAGAGAGCUCCAGCACAGAGGAGAAGAACAGCUCACAGCCAAGCAGCCGCUGCUCUGGCCCCAGCCAGCCGGGUGGGAGCGUUGAGGGCGCCACGCAGUCUCUGGCAGAGCAGAUGAGACAGAUCGCCUUGGAGUCCGAGGGGCGGCCUGAGGAACAGAUGGAGUCUGAUAACUGUUCAGGAGGAGACGAUGACUGGACCCAUUUGUCUUCAAAAGAAGUGGACCCGUCCACAGGUGAACUCCAGUCCCUACAGAUGCCAGAAUCCGAAGGGCCAAGCUCUCUGGACCCCUCCCAGGAGGGACCCACAGGGCUGAAGGAAGCCGCCUUGUACCCACAUCUCCCACCAGAGGCUGACCCGCGGCUGAUUGAGUCCCUCUCCCAGAUGCUCUCCAUGGGCUUCUCUGACGAAGGCGGCUGGCUCACCAGGCUCCUGCAGACCAAGAAUUACGACAUCGGGGCGGCUCUGGACACCAUCCAGUAUUCAAAGCAUUCCCCGCCAUUGUGACCGCUUUUGCCCACCUCUUCUGUGUCUCCCUCUUCUGUCUCGUAGCUGUUAAGCUAGUGUAGAAUUGCAGGUCUCUGUAUGGGCCAGUUUCUCUGCCUUAUUCCAGGAUCAGGGGAUCAGGGGUUAGGGUGGAAGAAGCCAUUUAGGGAAGCAAAACAAGUGACAUGAGGGGAGGGGCCCCGUGUGUGUGACGUCUGAGAAGCAAGACCGGUCUCCUGGUGUCCUGGUCUCCUGGGUGCUCUAGCUCCCUGCAGCAGGGCUGGGCCUUUGAGACCUGAGGCUCACCGCAGCGCUCCUGGCCCCUCCCUGCAGGGGCCACAUUAGCAGCGCAGACAUAGCUUGCCUAAUGGCCUUCCACUUUCUCUUUUUAAAUGACUCGGAGGUCCCUGACACUGAGUUGAUUUUCUGCUAGAGACCUGGUACGCUCUGAUUUUAGAUAAAGGAAGCCUAGGUGUUGUCGGCGGGUAAGCAGGGGAGGCGGCUGUCCUGGCACAGGCAGUGGGGAGGCCGGGGCAGCCAGUGUGGUGGGCUUCCUGCUGGGACUGAGAAGGCUCAUGCAGGGCAUCCAUAAUGUUGGUUUCGCUGAGAGCCGCCUCCUGGUCUCUCCACCACUGUAGUUCUCUCAUUGCCAAACCAUCAGCUGCUUUUAAAAUAAGAUCUCUUUGUAGCCAUCCUGUUACGUUUGUAAACAAUCUAAUUAAAUGGCAUCAGCACUUUAACCAAUGA